AUGGCUUCUAGAGGCGGUGUUAUGGUGACAGGAACGAAUGGCGCUGAUUACGAGCACAGGGAAAAAAUAGCGGCUCAAUAUCAAAUAAGUGCCCUGAACAAAUCCCGCCUCAAAUACUGUGUGUUUUUCCACCAUUUGCUGUUCCUUGUGAUGUUGGCCAAGCUCUCCGCUGAUAUUCUAGACAAGUUAGACAUAUUUAUACUUGAAAUAGAAGAGCUACAGAUACCACAGCCUCUCUGGUGGGAAUACAUCUGGUGUUUUUCACUACUACUCUCAUUUCUCGGUCUGUCUGCAAUCAAACGAAACAAUAUAAAGUAUUUACGUAGAUACGUAUAUGGUAUUAUGGGUCUGGGUCUCGGACCGCUGUUAUACUGUGUGAUAUACUACUGUGGUGAUGUCUAUCAGUAUCUGACUUUAGAUGAAGAUGAAGACGACGAUGAUAUACAGAUGUGGCAGGGUUAUCCGUACGGUCUAUUGUGGUACGCAUUCGUACUGUUAGCAUCUCAAGUUCACUUUUUCCAAUUAUACUUCUCAUACAACUUACUCAAAGCCUGGCGAGCGCGGGGCGCUUACAGGAAAGCUGAGUGA